AAUCCCCACGCGUCAUCGUUGAUAGGCGGAGAUGGCAGAAUUGACAACAGAGCAUUCAUGUUCGCGAUCUCCUCAUCGGAUUCUGUGUUUAAUGUCAUAAUUUAGCCUCUUCUUGAUUUAAAUUUGGUGUGAGGUUGAUCACGAACACAUAUCGGUUCCUCUGCAUGGUCCAGCUACUAAAGAAGUAUCGACACUUUUCAUCAGUUUUCGGAGCAGUUAGGUUUAAAGAUGAGGUUGAUAUUGGUAGAUUAUAAGGAUGAUAGCUUGUUUGGCAAGAAGGUGUGUAGCGAGAGUGCAUCAUUCUUCAAGAAACACAAAGAAUCUUACAAGAGGAUGAUAGUUGAACAGGGACGGGACUUCUGGAUUUACCUCUCUAUUUCUUUCAAGGCAUAUUGCUUGAAAAAUCGUAUUCUUUAUCUUGCAGGCGCUUCCAGUGAAAAGAAAAUUUUUAAAAUGAUAGAACAAACGCUGGAAGUGGUAGAUCAGAUGUUAACAAAUGGGCAUGUCAAAGAUGGUAUGAAAUUGUGUGAGGACCUUAUCGUAGUGCAUGAAUACAGAUCUUUCAUUGACGAUAUUCACGGUCAGUCAGUCAUGACCAACCCAUUCUAUAUGUGGGAUAGCGAAAAGACGUUCUGCAGACUGUUUGGCCAGCCUAUAGAAGAAAAGACUCUACAUUUUGUUCAGGUGGUAACGACCUUGCAGUACCUACUCCAUCUAGGAGGAUGCCUGUUUGAGAUGCUACGCCGGUGGCUACAUGCCGAGGAAUGCAAGCAGGACGUCACGAUUUACUGGAAGCCGCCCCCUGAAGGACUCUUUCACGUAUUUGGAGUAAAAUCGCCCACUCUGAUUAAAGCUUAUACCGUCAUCAACAAGUAUGAACGGUGCCUGCUCGACAAGACUAUGUAUGAAGUUACCGAGGAAACAAAAGACGGACGCCAUAUGGUUGAUUUUAAGAUUGAUUACAAUUCGCCGUUGAGUGAAGACGAAGACCCAAGCAAGCAGCCCUGUGAAUCGAAUAGCGUUGUUAUUUCAAUUGUAAAUGAAGACACGAAGGAAGUCACGAAAAGGGUAAAGUUGAGAUAUCCAAGAUGGCAGACUACCACAUACUCGCGUAGUCCCGGCGAAUGUCCCGGGUGCGAGGACCAUCUGGAGUGCAUCCGCAAGCAGGUCAUUGACGAGGGCUACGUCCUUCCCAAGGUCUUUGAGGUCUUUUACGAACCUUAUUUCCAUGUGAAAUUGCCAAAGCAACAGACUGAAGCAACUGAGUGUGAUGGUCCUUCGAAUCAUGAUACAAACGAUCCGAGGGUUGCCAGUGCUAGGAGUAAGGAUAAAGGACUAUCAAGGAAAGCUCUCAAGCAGAUAGGAAAAAAGGAGCGCAGACACCAGAGGAAGAAAAAAGCAGGGGACGAGAGUUUAGACAAAAAAGAAGCAGUAGGGCUUCAAAAAUUUGUGGACGCAUGCAGAAAAGUUCCUGGUUUUAUUGAAGAGUUAGAGAGGCUGCAGCCAAAGAAAAUCGUAGGUGUUCCUUUACCCGAAGGAUAUCAACCAGAACUACCUAGGCCUGCUCCGGGAAGUGAAUGCCGUGUUAGAAUACUGGACCCUCAGGGAAAUGAAAUGGAUGUAUUGGACAGAAAUGCGAUUCUUGAGGAAGAAAUUCAGAAAAGGCUGCUGAAGCAAAAACAGAUAGAGGCAGCCAAAAAGAAAAACAAUGAUGAAGGAGCGACACCAAGCAGAGAGGGAGAUAAUACUGAUAAAGAUGGAGAUGAAGAGAGGGAAGCUACAGGAAGCAAAGAUGAGGAAGAGGACAAAGAGGAUGACAGUGACAAUUUGACCACAAAUUUAAGUAAUGCUUCAAAGGAAGAAGAAAAACAGUCCGUUCCCGAGAUGAAGCAGAAUGAACCUUCUAAUAUGGAGAUGAAAAAGAAGAAAGACAUUCCAGAUUCAGAGGUGAAGCAAAGUGGAAAGGUCCUUGAUGAAAAGCUCCAUCAGAAUGACCAGCAGCCUCAUACAGAUCAGAAGGAACAGGUUCCCGGAACAGAGAUGAAGCAGGUGGAACAGAAUCCCGAUCCAGGGGUAAAGCAGAUGGAACAUGUUCCCAUCACUAGUAAAGAUCGGUCUGCUAGAUGCCUGUCUGCUGAGGAUGAGAGAACUGCUGUCAGUAGGCUUGAUGAUCACCAAGGAGAGGGGUCCGGAACUGAUGCCAUAGAAAUGUCCGAUGAAGUCACCGAGAAUCAUAAACUAAGACAGUGCGCAUCAUGUGGCAAGAAAGAGGACCAACCAAAGACAUACAAGAAAUGCCAGCAAUGUCGACAAAAAAAGAUCAAGCAGGCUAAGUUCUACUGCAGCAGAGAUUGCCAAGUACAAGAUUGGAAACGGCGCCACUGGAAGGAGCAUCUAGAGAAAGAGCCAGAGCCUGAGCCCAAGCCUAAGCCCAAGAAGACCCCAAGAGUGGUGACAAGCAAUGAGCCGCUUGUGGAUAUGGAUGAGGGCUAUAUGAUUAUAGGUUUGAACACUUUGAACUUCACCAAGUUGGAUGAUGUAGAUUAGGCAUUUGAAAGGGAAUUCUAUAAGGCAUAGAAAGAUUAAUAAGUGGUAAGCUACGGACAGCCAACUAUGGAAACUCUGAAAUUGCAAAUCAAGGACAAAUCCUAAAAUCAAGGGCAAUGGGAUAUUGCAAGAAGCUUGAGUUGAACGCAAAUCAAUUACAAAUUUGCAUUUAAUCAAACGCUCAAUGGGAAUGAGUAUGUGCUUCAACUUGAGAUUCAGUCUGGUCCAAGCUGGUAAUCUAUAAAGCUCAAUGCAAACUAUAUGAUCCGUUGCGAUUAGAUUCUCAAAGAUACUGCAAUGGCAUUUGAUAUCAUUAAACCUAUAAAAUAUUAACCCUUUGAAAGCUGAUGUUGCACAUUCAUACAAUUGACUCCCCUUGAUUCAAAGAAAUUAACAUGGUAAGAAUUGUCAAUAUCAUUCCCCAAAAGUUAAUUCAGCAUGCAAAGAGUUAAUGAUCAAAUUUUCUGAAUAGUAGUAUGAACACUGAAAUUGAAAUUCCAGUCUAUUUCAAACCUCCAUGUAGGGUUAACGCAAAUUCAAUUACAAAUCAUAAUGACUUCAUCAUCCACCGCAAAUUUGAACUGAUUUGGGAUUUUACUCUGACCACAAGGCUGGCAGCAAAGCAGAAUUAUGAUUUCAGUAUUCCUAGUAUUAUGCCAAACUUUAAAUAAAAUAUCAUUUGAUGGAAAAUUCAAUUAAUUGAUAAAUCAUGCCAGACAGUGUAGUGUGUACUAGGCUUUAAGCACCAAUUUCUAGUUGCUGAGGUCAAAUGCCACUGGCGAGUCUGAUAAACUAAUUAAUCAUAAUUUUAACUUGGAAACAAAAGGGAAGUAAAUAUAAUAAAGCAAUAUGAAAUUGGCAUGAUUUAUGAAUGGAAAUUUAUUUCCUUGUAAUCUGCUGUGAAGUACUAUAUGCUGUAAUUAAGUAUUAAUUCAGUAGAAAGAUCCAUUUUCCUUGUGACUUUUUUUUGUUGCCCUUAUCUAUUGAUUCUUCAAAAAUUUUUUUGAGUAAUGCAUUUUUUUCUUUUUCAGUAAAUACUUUCCAAAGUUUUCAUAGAAUAAUGUCCAACUGUUAGCAAUGAAUGUUUUUACUCACAUCACUUUAUUACUUCAUGCAGUUGUGCUGAUCAUGGUAAAUUCUGAAGUCUUUUUAGUAAUGUGCAAGUAUGUUAUGCUGAUUGAUUUGGAAUAUUAUAUCAUUUGUAAUAGAGAAAUGCAUUUUGUAGAUUCAAAUCUGAUUGAUGUUUCAACCGCUUCAAUUUGAAAGUUUUAUUCUUAGAAUAUUGUAUUCCAAUUCACCUUGUUAUCCAUUGACAAUACUAACAUAGAUUUAAUUGUAUUUAUUCCUUUGAACUCUUCAAAGGGAUUAUAUUUCUUUUCUUUUCAAUUCAAUUUCUUCUUUCAUGAUCAAUUGAUAUAAUUUGUACUGUAUGAAUUUCUAAAAUUAGUCAGCUGAUAUCUUUUAAAUGUGAUGUGAUAACUAUUUUCUGUGAGAAUUCGAUGUCCUCUGUAUAAAAUGUAUUGAAUCUACGGAAAUUACAAUUUCCGAAUAAGUUUGUUGAUAUAAAUGUGUAAAUAUUUUGUAUUAGAGCAUAGUGCAGUCAGGAGGUGAAAACUCAUUGGCAAUUGAUUUGGUAUCACAGUACAUAGCCCACACUUCUGAUAUAUUUGAAAUGUACAAAAUCUUUCAUGAAAUUUUCAGUACUAGAAUGGUUAUCUUAAUAAAAUGCAAUUAAA